UUCUAAGGUUUCAUUCUUUGGAGAAAAAAUAAGAUUCUGAAAGUUUCAUUUUGAUCGCAUUUGCAGAAGUUUGGUUUUUGGCCCUCAAUUUUUUCCAAGAAAAUGUCGACAAAAAUUGAGGACAAAAAAUCAAACUUUUGCAAAUGCGAUCAACAUGAAACUUUAAAAAUCUUAUUUUUUCUCCAAAAAAUGAAACAUCAGAAAGUUUGAAGCCAAUCAGAAUCGAUUACCUCCCAUACAAAAUUGUCCGAAAAUCGGUAAUUUUAGUCAAAAUUUACCUCCCAUACAAAAGUGUCAAUUUGUUGGGGUUUUUCUUAGGGCCAGGAUCAAUUCGAAAAUGGCUCAUCUUCGAACUUAAACUAAGUUUUUCGAAUACAAAACUUUUGGCAUUUCCAGAUUUUGAUUAUAUCAAUUAUUUUUUGAGUUAUCGUGUUAACAAACACCAACGACGACGACGACAACGACAACGACAACGACGACAACGACGACGACGGCACACGAACGGAAAAGUGUCUCAAAAAGUGGUUUUCUACGCGUUUUAUGAGUUUUUAUGAUGAUCUAAACCAAUUUUGCGAAAAAAGUUUUCGGGACCAAUUCCUUUACUUUCCCUUGACACGAAUUUUGCGUUAUUGGAAUCAAGUUGAACACUUGCAGAUAAACUGCGUAUGAAAAGUUUUUAUGUUCACGAUGCUCACAUGUAUAUAAAUAUUGAAUAAUUGUAUAUAUGCUUGUUUGUUUGUAUACAUUCACAUCUGGGCUUUGUUUGUAAAUAAAGUAGAAAAACGAAAGCGGAAUGAGGAAGAAAGAGAAGAAAACCUGUCAACAAAGAUUUCCACUCCUAAAACCCAACAAAUACAAUUUCAUAUCAAUUAGUUUAGAAGCUUUCAAAUCAUUGAAUUCUUGAAGUUCAGGAGUUUGAGCAGGGAAAACUCUACAAAGUUCUUCAAACUGGACAUUUGUCGAGUUAGCUAGAAGUUAAAGUAAAAAGAGUAUAAAUACUGUGUAAAACGUAUCGAAGCAAAAAAAUUCAGGUUGUUUUAUAACGAACGAACUCGACAUUCAAUUGUUUUUUUAUUGAUGAAGAUUUCGUCAUUUGUCAUUAAAACGCAAACGUAAUGAUGAUCUCGUUUUGGAUUCCAUUUCAAAAUAAAUGUAUUGGCAAAUGCACAUUGAAUAUUAAGUAUUUUUUUUACUUUGAUAUGUUACAAUGUGUGGGUGAUUUUAUUGGUAAGGAUAUACCUUUGGUCAUUGAUGUUUUUUUUAAAUACACGAUAGUCAAUUGCUAUGUUCGGUGUGUGCGUUACGGUUGCUAUGUAACAAUUGUGCGUUCACAAUUGUCAAAACAUCAGUUGCAAGUGGAUAACAGCACAUAAUUUUGUCUCGUCUCGUCUCAUUAGAUUCAACUGUUUUUAUCAAGUUAAAAUCAGAAUGUUUUCAUUCAAAGAACCACUUUCAGCUCGGCCGAAUAAUUAUAGACUAAGCGAAAUUGCAUUGAAAUCAGGUUUCAAGUUUCGCGACAUUGAGAAUCGAAAAUUAGAUUGGAAAGCUUUGGGUUGUGUUGAUGUUAAUAAAGUGAUUGAAAAUCAAGAUUAUGAAUUUCUGGAAAAAAUUACUCCGAAAAUCAUUGAAGCACCAAUGCAGUCCAUACUGGGAACAGCUGCAAUUGACCCAGCAGUAUCGUCCUUGUUUCGCUUGGCUCAAAUGAGUUUGCAAUACAUGACCUUUUGUCAGCAAUUUAUGUCUCAUACCCUGUAUGACCUUAGAACCGCGUUCAACCAUAUACAAAAAAAAUAUUCAAACUUGAAACACAAUUAUAAAUGCCUUGAAGAGCAACAUUACAGGGCUCAAGAACGAGUUCAAUCUUUGUUGAAGGAAAAAAAUGGAGCAGAAGAUGACAAAGGUCCAUCGUCGUUAUUUCCAUGUGAUCAGUGUACUAAAAACUUCCUCACAUUGGACUCAUUGAAAUCCCAUCAGCAACGCAAACAUACUGCCAUUGGUGAAAAACAUGAAUUGAGCGACGAUAAUGAAAAAGAUGUGUCACCAAAAGAAGUAAUAAACAAUUUAUCAAUGCAAUCGAUUAGCAAUAUCCACAACAAUAAUGAAAAUAAUAGUAAUAAUAACAAUAAUGACAAUGAAAUUAAUGCUGAUUGCAUGGUAUGCUCCCAAAAAAUGGAAUCAAAAACCAAUUCAUCAAGCAUAGCAAUACAAUGUGAACUGAACAUUCAACAGAAUCAGAACGAUACAAAAAUUGCUUUGAAUGAUAGCAAAAAUAUGGACAGCGAACUGAUUCAAAGCGCCUAUGAUACGAUAAAUGAGCUAAAGAAAGAGAUCGUUGAUUUGAAGAAUUCAUUAGAGGCAAAAACAUGCACUGAAUUGCCACAAAUAGAAUCAGGGCAUCCAACAAUAGCAGACAAAUCCGAAAAUUCUGCUAGUUUGACUCAAACUAAUGAUAAGAUUGUUGUUAUUGAACAAAAAUUUAAUGCAUUCGAAGUUAUGUAUAUGGAGAGUCAACAUCAGUUCAUCGAAUCAUUUCGAAAUAUAGAUGAGCGUCAGAAGUCUUAUAUGGAUAAUAUUCAGGAAACGAUUAAAGAAAUCAUUGAAAAAUCAUUGGAACAAAACGAUCCUAGCAAAAAUACUGCAAUAUCGAGUGAUAUAAUGAAGGAAAGUAUCAGUCAAUGUCAGGCUGAAACUAUAAUUGAUUUUGCAGACAAACCAAUUGAUGUAGAAGCUUCUGAAAAAUGUCGAGAUAAAAAAUUGCCGGAACUUCACAAAAUAGAGCAAUGCAUGGUGGCCAAUGACUCAUCCAGCUAUAGCGAAGAUGAUGAUGGUGGAAGGAAAUUAACCUGUGAGGCGGAAGUAUACACAAUAUCACAGAAUGAACAAAGAAAUGGAUGUGAUCAGAAUGAUAGAAAGGAAACGAAGAAUCAUGUUAAAUCACUUAAAAAAACAAUCUCUAAAGACGUAGCUCUCCAUGAAUUUGAACAUAGACUGCUGCAAUUUGGGGUGGAAAUGGAUUCCGCUGGUUUGGCCACACCCCGAUCUUAUGAAAUAAAUCAAGACUUGGUCGAUGAAAGAAAGGAAAUCGGGAAAGCACACAAAUCAUUCGAAAAAACUCGGAAACAACUAAGAAAUGAAGUUGACCGUAUUGCUAAAGGAAAACUAGCAUCAGCGAGCAGUGCAACUAGCUUAUCAUCUUACCAAUCAGACCAUACUUUCGAUGAGAGCGAUGGGGAUGGGUCCAGAAAGACGACGAAAUUUUCUCGGCCAAAAUCUGCCAGUGUGCAAAAAAUGCGAAAGAGAAAUGCAAAAAAACUGGUGAACAAAUUUGUCGAAAAUGAUAUUGAUGAAAAUGAUUUAAUUGAUAAAAUGCAAAUGGCUCACAAGGCAAUAAACUCCCAUCGCCAAAGUAUACAGCAGUUGCUUGAAACAACAGCUCACUCACCAAGUUCGCUCGCCAAAUGCAAGUAUCCCUCUAUGGUGGGUGCAAAAAUGAAUGAUGACGGAGAUAAUGAUGAUUCGGGCAUAAAUCAAUACAAUAAAAUGCCAAACAUAACUACGAGACGGGUGGUUUUUGUGAACCUCGAUGAGGAUAGUUAAUUUUGAACUUCAGCAUUAUGAAUUUUGUGUGUAGUAGAAUUUGAGUUUGACAUUUGCUUUACGUUAAUUGCGUUUCAUUAAAUAAUUUUAUAAGUUUCCUUCAUUAUAUGAUUUCAAUAAACAUUGUAUUACAAACGAUUAUCAAAA